UUCGGAUCGAUUUGUUUGAAAUGGCUCAUAGUGAACGACGAAGAUCGAAAGCUCGUAGAGGAGGAGGUGGUGGCCGUCGAAGUGAAAAAGAUAAAGAAAAACGAAAACCAAUUUCGCCACGUAUACCGUCGGAUGCACCAACCGCAUUGAUUGCUCCAAACGAUUAUGAACAUAUUUUUACGUCUAAGCAAAAUCGAACACGACCCAAAGAACAGCGAACACAAAGAAUACCAUCGGAUGCACCGACAGCUAUUAUUGCACCAGAGGAUUAUGAACAUAUUUACUCAGCUAAAACACAAGCAAAAAACAAAGUAAAAGCUAAAGAAGAUAAAACAACAUUGAAAAUACGUUCAGACGAACCGACUGCAUUGAUAGCGCCUGAAGAUUAUGCACAUAUUUUUUCAAAUAAAAAGAAAAUCAUAACGACUAAAGCAAAAACUCCAUUACAAAUACGUUCAGACGAGCCAACCGCAUUAAUAGCUCCGGAUGAUUAUGAACAUAUUUUUUCUAAAAGAAAAGAACAAUUAAUGAAGAAACAACAACAAUCGGUAAAAGUACAGGCAAAAGCACUAUUGCCAUUAUUGGAAUCGGCAGGACCUACAGCAUUAAUCGCACCCGAAGACUAUGAACAUAUUUAUACUGCUGCUAAAAAAGUGGUGAAAGAUUUACAAAUCGAUUCCAACGCACCGACAGUAUUGAUUGCACCGGAAGAUUAUGAACAUAUUUAUAAACGGCAACAGAUUCAAACAAAAAAAGCAGCAACAAUACAACCGAAAAAAGUGGAAGCUCUGGAAUUUCCAUCGGAUGCUCCAACAGCAUUAAUCGCACCCGAAGAUUAUGAACACAUUUAUAAACGACAAAAAGAUCAACCAUCAAAGACAACAUUAUUCCAGAAAAAAGUUCUAUCACGCAAACAGCCACAACAGCAACAACAACAGAAUAAUGCUCUUGAAUUUCCAUCCGAUGCACCAACAGCUCUCAUUGCACCUGAUGAUUAUGAACAUAUUUAUUCAAAAGGUAAAAAGCAGUCCAUGCCACAACAACAACAACAACAACAACUGUCAACACAACAGAUGAUGAUUCAAAAACAGCAGCAACAACAAUCAACACCAGAAUUUCAACCACAAGUUAUGCAGGAUGGUAAAGUAAUGAUCGAUUUGAAUAAUGCACAUCAUCUACUUCAAUUAUUACGUAUGAUACAAACAUUACAACAAUCAUUAAGUAUUAAUGAACAGCUACAAGAACAAGAUUCAACAACAAGUCAAAGUGAUGAUUGCAAUAAUGGCAAUAAUGAUUUAUCAAAAUCCAAACGAAAAUUUAGUCGAAAAAAAUGAAAAUUUAUUGAAUGGUUUUUUCUCUUGUAAAUAAAAUUUGAUAAUACUUGCACCAUCUUUA